AUGUAUGCACUGCGUCCUCAACUCCGAAGAGGGAGCACCCGUCUCCUGCAAGCAUCUUCAAGAAGAAGGCUACAGGCCCGAGAAACGUUGACAUGUCUUCAAACCAGGUCCCAGGCAACAGCUGCGAGCCCUACUAGCGGAAAACGUCCAAGUCGCGACAAUGGAUUGGCUGCGCCGAGCCCAAGCCAGCUCCAUUCGAAGCACGCAACAGCUGGCGUGGCUGCCCAAGCAUCCUACUCUACGGUAGCCCCAGCUAUCAGCGAGCCCAUCAUCCAUGACAUCUUUGAAGACGUGACCUGCACGUGGCAGUACGUGGUGGCAGAUCCGGUCACAUUGACAGCGGCCAUAGUUGACCCUGUCCUGGACUUUGACCCCGUUUCUCGGGCCAUCACCACCAACUCGGCCGACAAAUUACUGUCUGUUGUGAAGGAGAACGGCUACAAGGUGUCCAGAAUCUUGGAGACUCAUGCGCAUGCUGACCACCUCACUGCGGCAUCGUAUCUUCAGAAGCGGCUGGGGGAUGAGCAAGGUGGCUUCCAGCCUUCCAUUGGCAUCGGGAAGCGCAUCGGAGGGGUCCAGAAAUUCUUCGGCACUCGCUAUGGAGUUCCCGGUGAGGAAUAUAGUGUUGUUUUUGACAAGCUCUUCGAGGAUGAGGAGACCUUCAAGAUCGGGUCUCUCGAUGCGUCCGUGAUGCACUUGCCUGGCCACACGCCCGAUCACAUCGGCUACAGAAUUGGAGAUAAUGUUUUUUGCGGUGACUCCAUCUUCCAUACAGAUAUUGGAACUGCCCGCUGCGACUUCCCAGGUGGUAGUGCAAGCACCUUGUUUCAGUCCACUCACAAGCUCCUCGAGUUACCUGAUACUGUCAAGAUCUGGGUAGGGCAUGACUAUCCUCCAGAGGGCCGCGAUGGUCCCGUGGCAUGGGCAAGUGUCAAGGAUCACAAGGCCGAAAACAAACAUCUCAAAGCUGGCGUCACAGAGGAGGAGUUCGUUGCCCUUCGGAACAAAAGAGAUGCAGGUCUCGGAGAGCCAAGGCUUCUCCAUCAGUCCCUGCAGGUUAAUAUCAGAGGAGGGCGGUUGCCUUUACCGAAUGAUAGGGGAGAAAGAAUGCUCCUUACACCUUUGAAUACGAGAGGUGCGGAAUGGUAA